AUGGACGCAGAGCCGAACGCAUCCAUGCCAGCAUUCGAUGGAGCGGGGUGGUUCAGCGGCGUCAAAAUUAUGAAAUGUAAGGAUGACCCCACGCUCACAUGGCUAAAGGAAGCAGUAAAAACGCUUAGAGGCCUGUGCCAGGGGGCAUCACUAGAAAUUGUUGAUCACAGCUGCAUUCCCUCAAUACCGAACGCAAAGGUUUUCAUUCCGCGAGUGGUAAAACCGGAAAAUGCACUGCGACUACUACAAAGACAGAACACGGACAUGCCGACAGACGACUGGAAAGUGUUGAGCGUGGCAAAAGCAGCAACUGCUGAUGGAGGUCAAGAAUACAUUAUCCAGAUCAACCCCGAGAAGGUACUGAGGCCAGAUGCUGAAGGUCCUUCAGACAAACCUCCACAAAAGUAA